GAGGAAUGAAAAAAGAAAACGCCAGAUCACAUGACCGCCUCCGUUAUUUCCUGCAGCCGCCGCCGCUCGCUCCUGCGACAGCACAGCACUGGUGUGGCCGCUGUGAACGCACGUUAACGGAAAGAAAAAGCACUCUGCACGUACUGAAGGCCUCUGCCAUACUGUAAACCCCGUUGCAGUCACACGGACGACGGAUAUACACACGCCUAUAGCCCUUUUCUAAUCUUAGUUUCUUUCCUUUUGUUUGAACGUUAAAAAGCCAGUCCUCAUAAUGGCGACAGCUGCGGUGUCUGCCCCUGCUGGCUGCGGCCCCAGCCCCGGGCCGGGAACGGAGCUCGUCCGCGGGCAGGCUUUCGACGUCGGGCCUCGAUACAGCAACCUCUCGUACAUCGGGGAGGGAGCCUACGGGAUGGUGUGCUCUGCCUAUGACCGGGACAACAAGAUACGUGUGGCCAUAAAAAAGAUCAGCCCUUUUGAGCACCAGACGUACUGUCAACGCACCCUGAGAGAGAUCAAAAUCCUUCUGCGCUUCAAACACGAGAACAUCAUCGGUAUCAAUGACAUUAUCCGCACACCAACCAUUGACCAGAUGAAGGAUGUAUAUAUUGUCCAGGAUCUCAUGGAGACAGACCUGUACAAACUCCUGAAGACUCAACAUCUGAGCAACGACCACAUCUGCUACUUCCUCUACCAGAUCCUACGAGGGCUUAAGUACAUCCACUCAGCCAACGUCCUGCACCGCGACCUGAAGCCCUCCAACCUUCUGCUCAACACCACCUGUGACCUCAAGAUCUGUGACUUUGGUUUGGCUCGUGUGGCUGACCCUGACCACGAUCACACUGGGUUCCUAACAGAGUAUGUGGCCACUCGUUGGUAUCGAGCACCUGAGAUUAUGCUCAACUCCAAGGGCUAUACCAAGUCCAUAGACAUCUGGUCAGUGGGUUGCAUCCUGGCUGAGAUGUUGUCAAACAGGCCAAUCUUUCCUGGGAAGCACUACUUGGAUCAGCUCAACCACAUUUUGGGGAUCCUGGGUUCACCCUCUCAGGAGGAUCUCAACUGCAUCAUCAACAUUAAAGCCAGAAACUAUCUCUUGUCACUCCCUUUGCGCUGCAAAGUGCCAUGGAACCGCCUCUUCCCCAAUGCUGAUCCAAAAGCUCUGGACCUGUUAGACAAGAUGUUGACCUUUAACCCUCACAAGAGGAUCGAGGUGGAGGAGGCUCUGGCGCACCCCUACCUGGAACAAUAUUACGACCCUACAGAUGAGCCUGUUGCUGAGGCCCCAUUCAAGUUUGACAUGGAGCUGGAUGACCUACCCAAAGAGACACUGAAGGAGCUCAUCUUUGAAGAAACUGCACGUUUCCAGCCCGGCUUCAGGUCCUAACAUCUCACAUAGAUGAAUCUGGAUUGGCUUCUCCAUUGCCACUGCUCCUCCCCGCCUCUACACCGUUUUGUUUUUUGUUUUUGUGUUUUGGCUUUAGUUUUUAUUUCCCUCUCCAGUUGCUAACAUCACCUGGAUUCCUUGGAUCUCACUUGUCAAGUCCACUUUGCUCAGGAAUGGCGUCAGGAAUCAAUCAGUCAUAUGGUCUCUCUCUUUUUUUUCUCUCUCUCUCUCUCUCUCUCUGAGGUGAGGAGUGAGGGCUGAGGAGUGAGUUUUAAGCCAAGAUAAACAACUGUUUGUGUGUCUCAAAGGCAUUUGGUUCUGGCUGUUCCUAUUCAAGACCUUUUAAUGUCCAGUCAGAUGACUGGACAGCUAGCUGUUGUGUUUUUUGGUGCAGCUGUUGUGGUGAUAACUCUUGUCUACAUUGCACAAACAAUGGUAGAUUACAUAUAAGAAUCAUCCAGCAUUUAAAACAAAAAGGUCUUGAAUUUUUUUUUUUAUCUUUGUUGCACUGUUAUGAGGGAUACCAAGAUUUGUCUGUUUUCUCUCUGUAUAUCUUUGAACAAAAGAAAAGCCUGAAUUAAAUCUUAAAUGGGGAAAAAAAACAAAACAGAUUUAUGCAAUGAAGUCACAUAAUCAGCCAGAGAGGCCACAAGCCAUCACUUGGUGUUGAGGAUCUAUAUUUUAUUAAAGACCCUGUAUUUUAAUCUUCAGCAUGCGCGCGUGCGCACACACACACACACACACACACACACACACGGCCCAAAUGCAAAUACUGAAAUAUGAAUAUAUACAUCUAUAAAUAUAGUCUAAAGAGUCUUAAGAUAUUUUAAUGACAAGAGUGAUGAAGGAAGGUGAAUUAGAUGAGUUUAUAGCCUUUUUGUUUUUCUUAAAAACAAAAGAAAAUGCCCGUUUUCACUUCUCAUCAGCUUCAGUAAGAUGUUAGUUUGUAUAGGAAUGCACCAAAUUGCAGGUGCGGCAAAAAGGAUUCAUAAUCACUUUCUGCCUAAGCCAUGGGAGACUAACGGAAAAGUCUGUCUGGUUCAUACAGCUCUGUAUGCACAUUAUCAUAGUGUCAGACAGGGGGAAAUUUACCACUUUACGACAAGAAUUCAGUUAUCACGCAGAACUUGUUUUGUCUGAAGGAAGUGUUGUUGUGCCUCCCUUUUCUUCCUGUUCCGUGUUUUCUCUUUUCUUCUCCAGUCUCUGUUAACCUCUCUCUCUCUCGCCUUGUUAGAAGAAUACUGUGCCCUUUGCAUGACUGUUAUAAGCUCUGCAUACAAAGACGAUGAUGUUAAGUGCCACACAAGCCGGGCAGAUCCACAGGGAGAGUGCCCAGGCUCCUUCUGUUUUACCGGUACCUUCUGUGGUAUGUCACACUUCUUAAUCCCAUGGUGCUUUCUGCCCUCUUUCUUUCCUUUGUUUCAGCCUUCUCUUCAUCUGUUUUUUUUGUUGUUUAUUUCUACUAAUUAAAAUCUCCUCAUUUUUAGCCAAACUCCAUCUGCAUGGUAGGACAUCUAGUUGUGGUUGCAAACAGGAGAACAACCAUAUAUCUGUAUUUAUACCAAUCACAAAAAAAAAAAACCAAAAAAAAACACCCUGUUUUUUAAACCCCAGAAAAGGGAUCCAGACAUGAUACAGUUGAAAUAAUGCUCAAACGCAUCAGAUUAUGCGUUCCAUUUGGUCCUAACUUUCUUUCUUUUUUUUUUUUUUGCUUUAAAUUGCACAUUAGUUGUCAGAGUCUGUACCAGCAGACAACUGCACUGCUUGUCAGUAGCUGCAGAUUUAAAGG